AUGGUGCAACUGGUUUCCUGUUGGAGACAAAAUAAGAUUCAAUCUGAAAUUUACUACAAUCAACAUUCCAUGAAAAAAAAUCCUGCUCGCUGUGAAGUAUAUCUGAGACGUCGCUUUCGAAGCAGAAAGUCCCAAAUUCAGCAUUUAAAAAAACAAACUUUCAAACCAAACCAUCUUCCUUAA